AAUUUGGGAACAGCUAAACCUCUUUAGAGUAAGGGGUCUUUACACUUACUCGAAAGAAAAUGCUUUUUAUGCAUGUAAAUUAUCUACUGUGCCACCUGACGUAAUAUUUUUUACACCACUUCGGCAUCUAGAAAGGCAACCAAACAGGCACAGAAAAGGCAAAAUGGCAAGGAUAUUACAACAUUGGCACUUUAUAUGUGUCUCACUAGCAAACAAGAGAUGGCAAAUAGAUUUCAAUAUAUUAUUAGCAGAAGAUAGAUUGCAGAAUUAG